UGCAAAUGGUGCACACACACACAUAUAUAUAUAUAAGCAAAGAAACACAACACAACGCCAUUCACUAGUUUGUGUUUGUAAUUCAAAGUGGUUUUUAAGGUCCUCUUUUUUCUUCAUUCUUCUUCAAUUUCCAAAACAUGGGAAAACAGAGCAAAGAAACAGAAUCCCCUGUUUCUGACCCAACAAAAUUCUCUAUCCUCAAUCUUAUCGACCUUUCAAAUUCAAACAUAAACCAAUCCGUUAAUUUACUCAAACAGGCGUGUUUGGAUUCUGGUUUUUUCUAUGUUGUAAACCAUGGAAUUAGUGAGGAAUUCAUGGAUGAGGUUUUUGAACAAAGUAAGCGAUUUUUCACCCUUCCUUUGAAGGAAAAGAUGAAGAUUUUGAGGAAUGAAAAACAUAGAGGAUAUACCCCUGUUCUUGAUGAGUUACUUGAUCCUGAAAAUCAACUUCAUGUAGGGGAUUACAAAGAAGGGUAUUAUAUUGGAGUUGAAGUAGAUGAAGAUGACCCAGAAUCAAAUAAACCCUUUUAUGGGCCUAAUAAAUGGCCUGCACCAGAUAUUCUUCCAGGAUGGAGGGAGACAAUGGAAAAGUUUCACAGAGAAGCAUUAGAAGUGGGGAAAGCAGUUGGAAAGAUAAUAGCCCUUGCGCUUGAUUUAGAUGCUGAUUUUUUCGAUAAGCCGGAAAUGCUGGGAGAGUCAAUUGCGACUCUACGUUUGCUGCACUAUGGAGGUCAAGUAUCGGAUCCCUUGAAAGGAUUAUUUGGAGCUGGAGCUCAUACCGACUAUGGUUUAAUUACGCUGUUAGCAACCGAUCAUGUCUCUGGUCUUCAGAUAUGCAAGGAUAGGGAUGCUAAACCUCAGAAAUGGGAGGAUGUGGCACCAUUGAAAGGGGCAUUCGUAGUGAAUCUUGGUGACAUGCUUGAGCGUUGGAGCAACGGUGUUUUCAAGUCCACACUGCACCGAGUUCUAGGAAAUGGUCAAGAGAGAUAUUCGAUUGCAUACUUUUUGGAGCCUAGCCAUGAUUGUCUUGUGGAGUGCCUACCAACCUGCAAAUCAGACACUAACCCUCCCAAAUAUCCUCCUAUCUUAUGCCGCGACUACCUCAGCCAGCGCUACAAUGAUACUCAUGCUGAUUUGAAAAUUUACAAGAAACAACAAUCAUAAGUAGAACUAGUCAGUGUUUGGAGUUGAGGAGCCUAGAGAAUUUUGUUUCUUAGUUUUGUUAAUUUCUUUAAGCCUUUUUAAUUGCAUAAUGUUUUAGGAAUAACAGCACCAUGUGUUUGUUGUAUUAUAUAGCUUUUGUUUAAAUAGCAAAAUAAUUUUUUAGGGGGGAGAGAGGGUUAGAUAUUCAGUUUAGUACUUGUUGAUUCUAAAAGAAAACCAUAUAUGAAAAUCCAUGUUUUCACUCAAUAAUACUCUUACAUUGUGUGGUGCACAAUAUAUAUUGACUUAA